CCUCUCUCUUUCUUCUUCUUCUACUCUCUCAACCUCUCCGGUGAGAACAAAGAGAGUGAAGAUGGAAGAAGCUUUCAUGGCGAUGCUCUCACACCUUCUCCAUCUUCAAAACUCAUUAGAUCCCACAAGCACUCUCUUCUCUUCCGCCUCCACAUCUUCACCGUCUUCAACUACACCUUCCUCCCUCCUCUCCACUUCCUCCGCCGCACCUUUACUCUUCUUCACUCUCGCAUCUCUCCUCUCCUUCCUCGCCGUCACCAGAUCUUCCGGCGAAUCCUCAUCUUCCUCCACUUCUCCUUCCCCUUCCCCUCCUCCACCUCUUCCCGACGGCGAUUACUCCGUCGCUGCCUUCCGUGCCCUAACCACCGACCACAUCUGGUCUCUCGAUGCGCCUCUCCGCGACGCUCGUUGGCGCUCAUUGUACGGUCUUUCUUACCCAGUCUUCAUCACCGUCGUCGACAAGCUCAAACCCUUCAUCACCGCUUCAAAUCUCUCUCUCCCAGCCGAUUACGCCGUCGCAAUGGUUCUCUCUCGUCUAGCUCAUGGCUGCUCAGCUAAAACCCUAGCUUCUCGCUACUCUCUCGAUCCAUACCUCAUCUCCAAGAUCACAAACAUGGUCACGCGUCUCUUAGCCACCAAGCUCUACCCAGAAUUCAUCAAGAUCCCCGUCGGAAAACGCCGAUUGAUCGAAACGACUCAAGGAUUCGAAGAACUCACUUCUCUCCCCAACAUCUGCGGCGCCAUUGAUAGUACUCCGGUGAAGCUCAGACGCCGCACGAAACUAAACCCUAGAAACAUUUACGGUUGCAAGUACGGAUACGACGCCGUUUUGCUUCAGGUCGUUGCUGAUCACAAGAAGAUCUUUUGGGACGUUUGUGUGAAAGCUCCAGGUGGAGAAGACGACUCUUCUCAUUUCAGAGAUAGUCUUCUCUAUAAGAGGCUUACUUCAGGAGACAUUGUUUGGGAGAAAGUUAUCAAUAUUAGAGGUCACCAUGUGAGACCAUACAUUGUUGGAGAUUGGUGUUAUCCUCUUCUCUCAUUCCUGAUGACUCCCUUUUCACCAAAUGGCUCUGGUUCGCCACCAGAGAAUCUAUUCGACGGAAUGUUAAUGAAAGGAAGGUCAGUUGUGGUGGAAGCUAUUGGAUUACUCAAGGCUAGAUGGAAGAUUCUUCAGAGUUUGAAUGUUGGAGUGAACCAUGCUCCUCAGACUAUUGUGGCUUGUUGUGUGUUGCAUAAUCUUUGUCAGAUUGCUAGAGAACCCGAACCGGAGAUUUGGAAGGAUCCUGAUGAAGCUGGAACGCCUGCAAGAGUUUUGGAGAGUGAGAGGCAGUUUUACUAUUACGGGGAGAGUUUGAGACAAGCAUUGGCAGAAGAUUUGCACCAGAGACUCUCCUCGAGGUAAAGACAUGAGAACAGAUCUUGGUCAACAAUUGGAACUUUCUAUCUUUGCUCAAAAAAAAAAAGAUAGCAGCCAUUGUAGAUUCAAUCCUCUUGAGAAGAAAGUUUGAGGAUUCAGAAAUGUUAAAAAAGCUGACUUUGUUGCUUAGCCAUCCCAACUGUCAGUUUUGUAACUUAGGAAUGGGUUUAUGGUUUGUUCUGUAACACAUUGAGAAUUAAAUGUAUGACUUCUAU